ACGUGUGUGUGUGUGCGAAGGAGACCCGGGCCAGAGUUGAGCAACUAUUGAGGUUUGUCCACAAUCAUAAUCAUGACUAACAGCAACAGUGACACCAAUGCAAUCUUUCAUCACAAACGGCAGGUGGCGUGCGAUCAUUCGGAUUUCAAAAGUCACUCCAGCCAACCGUGUCAAUCCUUGCGAUCGGAGCCUGAGGAAGGUUUGCUAUCUCCUCUAUAAUCAUUCGCUCGCAGUUCAGCUCUCAGAUCCCAAUGGAAAGCGUGGAGUGCGUGUUUGGGCUAUAUCGUAGGCAGUUUAUCCUGUCAAACAAAUUCCAACUAGCUGAAGGAGUAGUGUGGGGAACUGGCCAUGGCUAGGAAUCUAGGAUCAUGCACGUGGUGUCUGCUGCAGUGUAUCGUUGGUGCAUGUGCAGUGGUUACAAGCGACUUGGAAGCGAUAAAACUUCUCAACGACUUGUCCGCAUCAUGCGUGGAGGACAGUGGCGGUCCAAUGCCCUGUACGCCAUUUCCUCCUCUGGACUUGGGCAGAGCUCCACUGACGGACGUGCGUAGCAGCAGCACGUGCAGCAAUGAGGUCUACUGCAUUCAGGGGCAGGACGGUGCGGAAUGCAGAAACUGUUCUCGACUGUUUUCCAUCGGCAAUCUCAAAGAUGGACAAACCUCAGAUGUGUCGCGAUGGCAGUCCUCCAAUCUGCAGUCAUCCAAUGAACGUGUCCAGCUGCAGAUGGACUUCAAUCUCCCCUCCCUGAUCCUGUUUCAAGUGCAAAUGGACUUACCGAACUUUCAGUCACAGCCACUCACAGGGCUGGAGGUUGACAGGUCGCACGACUACGGUCUGACAUGGGAAAGGCUGGCUAACUUUCGACGUAACUGUCCAUCGACUCCGAGCCUAUCAUCCUGCACGAAUUUCACGCAGACAUCAACCUUGCAGGAGAUUCCAAUGCUAGAGUUCGUAGGCAUAAGAGAUGUGGCCACAGCGUUCACCAAUGAAACUAACAUGGAAGAGUUUCUGGCUCGGACACCUUUCACAACUAGCAUCCGAUUAACUUUCCUGGGAAUCGAAGAGCCUGCAAGCACCGACAUCUCCUUGUUCUACGCACUCGCUGAGCUGCAAGUCAUUGGGUUACCCUUCUGCAAUGGUCAUGGCCGAAUGUUUGACCCUGGCAACGCCACACAACCAUGUACGUGUGCGCACGGAGCAGCGGGCAGGACAUGCAACACAUGCAACGGUCAACCACUACCGCCAUCCUCCGUUGCUAGUACCAGCUCAUGCGAUACGCCUACUGCCAGUACUGCCACAACUCCACUAGCAUCAGUGUCAACAUUGCCGCCCACCACCGAUGCAGUACAGACUAUACCCAGCACACGUACUACACAUGUCACUUCACCAAGACGAGCAGUGACCCCAAGCAGGAUAACGUCAGUUCCAGGAGUGUUGACAUCGCCACAGGCACAGGGCGGUGAUAAUCAGUCUACUCUACUUACUACUGCGACACAGGCACCGACUGCAACCACAACCAGUGACGUUUUUAAUGGAACAGUAAGCGAUGCACUGGCUACAGCCUCAACCAGGAAUGCUACCAAUAAUGCGAAUAGCACUGAGCAACCUCAGACCUCUGCCAUCCCAGCAAGCCAAGACAGCAGUGGUGAGUCUCAAAGACUGCGACUUUGUAUACAGAUGUGGUGA